AUGAGAGCAGUCCAAGUGGCAGCCAACGUAGAAGAUUAUGAUCCCAACAAUCCAGACAUUGACGACAUUCAAAUCAAUAAUCUCUCACGUGAAGAGCUGGGCCUAGAGGAUGACGAAGAUUUCGACCACUUCGAGCCAGAUUACCUGGAUCCUGAAGGCCGUGAAUUGAGGCUGGAGGAUUUCUACACAGUCAAAGAAGGAACACCAGAAUCUUUGGUCUAUGAGCUAUAUUCUGACGACGUGUACGGGCCUCCGGCGGUCGUUUUGGCGGGCUUCAGGGCAGAAGAAUUUGCCAUGGUGCGCGCGAUCUUGGACAGCGCCGGCGGUCAUGCCGUCAAGGUGAUACCAGUGAAGGACGAGCUGCUGUAUGAGAAGAUGUCCACUGCCAUCCAUCUGCCAGAGCCAGACUGGGGAGCAGCUCGGCCACAGGGCUGGACCAGAGGUGGAGCUUGGGGUUCCCAGCGCACCAUCCUCUUCUCUGGCAUGAAGCUGGCGGCACAGGCUGCACUGGUGGAGCUGUUGGAGGAGUCAGGGCUUCCCCCUGUCUGUGCAGCUCUUGCAGUCGAGGAGGAUGCUGACACGCAGCUGGGCACGGUGCUUGCUGAAGCUGUCCAGGCGCAGCGGACCAGGCGGAACCCACACAAGAAUAUCUGGGAGGACCUUGACCGGACUGCUAAGGAGCUUCCAGAUGUUGAGGACUACCUAAAACGGAGAGUGCAGGAGAUCCAGCAGGAUGUGCAGGCAGGAAACCUGGACAACAUCAUGGUCAAGGAUGACACAGGCGAAGAGGGGGCCGAGAUCACUCUUGCCGAGCUUCAGGGCCGGUUGGGCUUGGAAAAUGAUGAGGAAAUUGCAGAUGCUGGCAGCAGUCCAGUGACAGACAUUGAGCUGGAGGAAGGACUCGGAGCAGAGGCGCCGCCGCCACAGGAUCCAUCCACAAAUGAAGUCCAGCAGCUUGGGUCAAGCAGAGACAUUGAUGAUCGGGUGGAGCUGAGUGAGUCGGCGCUGGGUGAUUCCCUGACAGCAGCAGAAGGGCAGGCGCUGCUGCAGUCACUGGGGAAGAACGGGAGUGUGCAGAGCAGUGCAGACAGAGACAAGGAGGAACGGUUGCAGGAAGUGCAGAAGCUGGCAGAGUCAGCAGGCAAGUUCUUCAUGGACAGCUUGGCGCAGAAUGCAGGCCUUGCAGCUGACCCCGACUUGCAGCCGAGCGAGGCGCCGGACACCCAGCAAAGCCUCGACAUGAUCGACGCCAUUGCUGAGGGGCGCCUGGUCGCCAUACCUCAAUCCUCCAGCGAUGGCACGCCAUGGGAAGAGGACUCCAAAGCAGAAGCUCACCCCACCCGAACACAGCAGGAGGGGUCUUCAACAGAGCCCUUGGAGGACAAGGCUGAUGAAGGCCAGCCAUCUAUCACUGUGAUCAAUGAUGUGAAGGGUGAGGAGAAGGCAGCUGAGCAGAUCAUGGCUGAUCUAGACAAGACCUUUGACAAGCUGAGGAAGGAGACGGACAAGGAUAAGGUCACAGAGGCCCUGCGCAAGGAAGCCUGGGAACCCACCAAAGAUGCCCUCAAGGCUGCUCUGGCAUGUGGCAUCCCUGCGGAGGACCUGAAGCGCUUCAUUGACGAGGAGGCGGCAGAGAGGGAGAGGGAUGCAGAGAGCUGGGCCACCUCCUGGAGCAACAUGCCGUCACUGAUGCCCACCGAAGAGGAGAAAGCAGCGGCCGCAGCGCGCACCGGCAGUGCAGUCCAUGACAUCCUCUCGCCGAUGCCCAUCGAACGGCGCACACAGAGCCAUGAGGCAGAGCAUGCUGAGGCAGGCACAGAGCAAGUCAGUGCUCAGGAGGAGGGCAGUGUGAGCGGAGCCUCGGGGCCUGGAGAUUCCGAGUUUGGCAGCAAGUCCGGCACCAUGACCAAGAAGGAGCUGCGCGCAUUUGCAGAACAGAGGAAGCUGGACUAUGCACGGCUGCUGGCUGAUGCAGAAGCUCAAGGCAUCGAGCUGCCGGAUGACUGA